GAAAAGCGGCGCAGCGGCGGGAUUCCCUGGCCUUGAGGAGGAGGAGGAGGAGGAGGAAGCGAUGCAAAGGCUGGCGAAGGAGAGGGAGCAUUAAAGCAAGGAGCCUCGAGGAAGCAGAAGCAGAUCCCAGGAUGAAGGUGUCCGCCUUGAGCCCCCGGCAGCUCCGGCAGCUGCUCCGCCAGGAGGCCUCCGGGUGCCUGGUGCUGGACUGCCGGCCCUACCUGGCCUUCUCGGCCUCCUCCCUCCGGGGCUCCCUCAACGUCAACCUCAACUCGGUGGUCAUCCGCAGGGCCCACGGGGGGCCCGUCCCCUUGCACUUCGUGGUCCCCGACGCCGGCGCCAGGAGGAGGCUCCUCGGGCAGCCAGCGGAAGAUCAGGAAGAAGGGGAAGGGGAGAUCCCCGGGGGGCCCUCCCUGAAGGCGGUGGUGGUCCUGGACCAGAACACCCGCCACUGGAGGAAGCUCCGGCAGGAGAGCACCGCCCAGACCGUCCUCAACGCCCUCCUGGCCAGCCUCGGCCCCCGCGGACCCCAGGUCGCCUUCCUCAAAGGAGGUUAUGAAACCUUUUACUCCCAGUAUCCUGAAUUCUGCAUAGAUGUAAAACCCAUAUCCCAAGAGAAGACUGAAACGGAGAGAAGCAACAAUGGCCUCAGCGAGAAGCAGUGCAUCCAACACAAACCAGCAUAUGAUCAGGGUGGCCCAGUGGAGAUCUUGCCUUUCCUGUACCUCGGCAGUGCCUACCACGCUUCCAAGUGUGAGUUCUUAGCCAACCUGAACAUCACUGCACUCUUGAAUGUCUCCAGGAAGAGCUCUGAGCCCUUAACAGACCAGUACUGCUAUAAAUGGAUUCCUGUGGAAGAUAGCCAUACAGCAGACAUCAGCUCUCACUUCCAGGAGGCAAUAGAAUUUAUUGAUUGCACCAGACGGUCAGGGGGCAAAAUCUUGGUACACUGUGAAGCCGGAAUUUCCCGCUCUCCCACAAUCUGCAUGGCUUACCUGAUGAAAAUGAAAAAAUUCCGUUUGGAGGAGGCAUUUGAUUACAUCAAACAACGUAGGAGUCUGAUCUCACCGAACUUUGGCUUUAUGGGCCAGCUGCUUCAAUACGAGUCAGAAAUACUGUCCUCAACUCCAAGCCCUACAGUCUCUUCUUGCAAAAGGGAUGCAGUGUCUUUCUUUGCUGAAGAGCUGACUCGGAGCACAAGUUUUGAAGGCUCCUGUUUUGCAUUUCCUACCUCAGUUUUGAAUUCUGUGCCCAUUCAUUCACCAGUCCAUCAGCUGAAGCUUAACCCAAUUGCUGCAACUUCACCCUGCUGGACCCUCUUGGGAACAAGGGACAAUACAGUCCUGUGAAGUCAACAGAGAGACUAUAACAAGACAUUUCAUCUACAUCAAAUACACAGGACCUUUUGUAUUUCAUCCAAAAUGGAAUGUUUUGAGGUGGCUGCCCACAACAGGAAGAGUAAAUGUGGUUUUACAUUGGCAUGGUGUCAUGGUUCAAUGCAUUUCAGCUUGGGGUAGCUAGGCAGUUUCAAGCUGUUCAGCUAACUCUUGUUUUUUAGCUCACCUUAUCCUAGUUUGGAGUCUUAAGAAUACUCUUUCUUCCUCCCAAAAGUAAGGAAGUACCCUUCUUUAUGGGUAGGAAUAUGUGUUUAGGAAUACCAGAUAGGUCAAGCUUUUCAAAAGAGUAAAUGUCAUUAAAUAAAAAAGAAAAUGUACAUUAUAAAGAGGAUUUUAAUAUGAUUUUUGAAAUGUUUGUGCAUCCACUACUGUAUUUCCAUACUGUGCUGGAGUAGAGAACCACUUUUUUAAAGUCACUCAGAUUGUUCAGUUACUUGUCUCCCUCUCUCUCAAAAUUAUAGCCUUGUUUUAAAGUGCAAGCAAUAAGCAGCUGUGUCAGAAAAGCAGAGCUGUAAUGAGAAGCACAAUGUACAAGAGAAGUAAAGCCUGACAUCUUUCGUAGUGGCAAAAAACUUGAACAUCUGCCUUCUUCAUGUUUGUAUGGGUUCUUUUUUAAAUGUCCUGUGCUACAGGAUACAAGUAGAUGUGAAAGCGGGAAAAGAAAAACGUCCUCUUUCCUCAUAUCCUCCAGUCCUCUGUCGAUUAUUGCUAUACAACUGGGGUGAGGGUCAGAAGUUCACCCUUCCUUGGGAGCCUCAAGGUGUGUGUCAUUUUCUGGAAUAGGUAACAUGAUGUAAAAUAGAGUUAAGAAAACAGCCUAGAUAUCCCUGGACUGUACAAUAUAGAGCUGGAGUGGCUAAACCUUUGCUCCUCCAGAUGUCUGGCUAUAAUCUUAUAAUCUUAUUUUUUAUUAUGUUGGCUAGGACUUCUAGGAGCUGAAGUUCAAAAGAUCUGAAGGGUCCACAAUUCCCAUCUCCUGCCAUAAGGGCUCUACUCUCUACCAUACAAUUCCAUCACAUUUGAGUUUCUACAGGUCCUCUUUUAGGGGUUGUCUAAAAUGUUUUGGUUGUAUCAAAGCAGAGUAGUUUGAUCAGAUUUAGAGUGCUUAAUUGAAAUUGAUUGGGACCAGUCAUUAUGGACUUCAGUCUCAUUGAUUUGAAUGGCUCUGAAAUAUGGCUGAGUCUGGAUUCAACCCAGUUUUGUUUUUUUAACAGAUCCUCAUUCCAUAGGGUGAUAACACACUGAACUUUAUUGCAGAUCUCCAUCCUGCAAGUAUAUUAGAAAUGCUGGCAUCUUUAAGCCUCCCUUAAUAACUGGAUAGUAAUUCCUAAACUUUGGUCCUCAAACUGUUUUGGAGUUCAACUCCCAAAAGCCCCAGCCAGUUUGACCAACGGUAGGAAUUCUGGUAGCUGAACUCCCAAAAUAUCUGGAAGACUAGAGUUUGGGCAUUACUGCAUCCUAUCCAGCAAAUGAUGCAAGUAAAAUUGUGUCAGUGAGGAGUGUGGUGAGUGGACACUGUGAGGUACUUGAAAGAUGUACUGUAUUGCCAAAGUCUGUCUGAUAACAUAAAUAGCACAGAUGGACAAUUGUGGUUCUCCAGAUUUUUUGGGGAGUGUGUAGUCAACAAGGCCAAUGAUGAGGGGUUAUGGGAAUGGCAGGCCAAAAACAUCUCAGAGGGCCAUGUUGUGCAUCUCAGAUUUGAUAUUGUUUAUUACAUUCCUAGCACGUAGAGGUGGAAAAACCAAACUGGGUUUGCACUACCUGGGAAUAUACUGUUUUACAACUAUAUUGGGAUUUUGCCAUAUGUGACUAAAAUAGAUAACACAGCUGCACUUUGCAUCAGUUGCUUGACCAUGGAUAGGAUGUAUCUUUGAGCCAGGAAUCUGAAGAAAUUAGCAAAUGGUGUCUUUAUGCCAUUUUUGCACCUAUAGCCUCAGACCUCUGUUGGGGGAAUAUUAUUGCCUCUUUAUAACACAGAGGGUGAGGCAAUCCCACAGUGAUUGGCUAUGUAAAGAAAUACUAUAGAAAUAUCACAUAGCUACCCAAUGAACAUUUCAUUUUUUUGUAAUUUCACUUUUCUGAAUUUCUGAGGGAAAAAAAGUUUUGGCUGGAGGGCCUUUGCCAACAAUACACCUCCCCCAUGGAGUGCUAUCACUUUUGUUUGAUGUCUCCUUGAAUGCCAGGUGGCUUUCCAAUUCAUGUGCUCACAGUUCUGGAUAACUUAUUUAUUAGCCAAUGAGGAGUUUUUCUUUUACUGGAGAUCUAUAUAUCCAAUUUGUGUGUCAGCAAGUGGCUCUAUGUUCUGUUGUUUGUUCCACCUUAUUUUCCUUUAUAUAGAAAAUGGCAAUAAUUGCCUGGUAUACUUGUGAAUGUGAAUGAAGACUUAUAAAAAAA